AUGGUAGGAAUUCUAUCAGCUGCCGCUGUGGCACAUCAAUCACCAACGGUACUCUUGGUAGCUGUUGGUGCGUUGUUUUUGCUCUUCGUGGCUCAUCGAUUACUCUUCUCACCCCUAGCGAAGAUACCAGGGCCAUGGUUUACCUCUAUCACAUCCCUGUGGAUCAUGUACCAUGAGUUUCUUGGGGACAGGACUGUGAUUCUGGAUGCUCUGCAUUCCAAAUAUGGUGAUAUUGUGCGUGUCUCGCCUACGGAGGUGUCGUUCAACAAUGCAGAAGCCCUCAAGGACAUCUAUGGGAUAAAGUCAAAUUACUCAAAGAGUCAUUUCUACGACAUGUUUGUAUACUAUGACGAGAGAAACACUUUCACCAGCCUCGAUAAACCAAAUCAUACCGCGAAGAAAAGGCUUGUUGCUGACAGAUAUGCCAAAUCCUAUGUCAUGCAAGAUGCAGUGGCCGAGAAGAUCCAGGAACAUGCUGCGAACUUCAUGUUCCAGAUCACCAAAGAACCCAAUGCUCUGGACGUGUACACGUGGCUCCACUACUACGCUCUUGACUGUAUCACCAACCACCUCUUUGGAUCUCGGGGCACCAGCACUCUCACCAAGCCUGAUCACCGCGAGCUUGUUUAUGACCUGUCUGGAGUUAAGCAUCGAACGAGGCUCUACAUGAUCUUCUACUUCGGGUCCUUGAUGAGCCUGCGCGAACGAAUUCGAUCCACAUGGCGCUGGAUCCUCGGUAACUCGGCCCAAUUCCACGUCCGAGGAAGUCGUUUGAACGAUUACGGCAAGGACAGCGUUGUCGGCUUUCGUACUGGAGAGCUUGAGAAGGACACGAUCUCGACUUGCGCCAAGUUGUUUAAGGCUGUUCCCAACAACGAUAAUCAAGUUGCUGCAGAGUGCAUGGACCAUCUUGUCGCGGGCGUUGAUACCACGGGCGAUGCCAUGUGCAUCACAAUGUGGCGCAUGUCAACACCAGAAUAUUCCCACGUUCAAGAUCGUCUCUACGAAGAGCUCAAGAGUAUAGAGCAUUUCUUUGACCCUGUCACUGGGACUGCACCAAUCGGCGAACUCGAAAAGCUGCCAUAUCUGGACGCUGUUAUUCACGAAGGUCUCCGGUGGCGUGCACCAGUCCCUAUGACUCUGUUCCGCGUGGUACCGGCAGGAGGAGCUAAUAUCGCCGGUAAAACGAUCCCCGCGGGAUAUACGGUUGGUUGCCAAGCGUACAGCCUGCAUCGUAAAGAGGAUGUCUUCCCGAAUCCGGACCUCUUCGACCCCACGAGAUGGCUCGCGAAAGACCCUCACCAGCUAUCUGCCAUGAAGACCCAUUUCUGGCCUUUUAGUUCUGGAGCGAGGAUGUGUUUAGGCCACAAGUAA